AUGGCCCAGCCCGGUGCUGCUGCGAGCGCGGCGCACGCCCACACCGCCUCGCCAGAUGCCACUGCUGCGAUCGCUGCCACCGCUGCCACUGCUCCCACCGCUCCCACCGCUCCCACUGCGCCCACCGACGCCGCCGCCCCGAACCACCGCCAUGCCCGCCGCCGCUCGAGCGCUGCCCCCGACGCCGCCAACGUGAACCGCUGGUCGCGGAGCACCGCGUCGCCCGCGAGGAAACCCAGCGUAUCGGGGUCCAGCAGCACCGGGCCUCUGGCGCUGUCCGCCCAUGGCAGCUCCUCCGCGCCGCCGCCCCAGCUGCCCUCGCUGCCGCCGCUGCUCCUGGCCGCCACCGUCUACGACGCCAAUUCGCCUGGCAGCAUUUCGACCGCGCCCUCGCCCUCGACCACCGGCCUGUUCACCCCGAGCCUGCUCGCCGCCGCCCAGCCCACCGACUACUUCAACUCGAAGCCGCACACGCCCCUGACCGCCACCCACCCGCGCCCGCCCUCGCGCACCGCCGCCGACCGCGUCCUGGGCCGCUCGCCCUUGGGGUCGCCCGCCCUCGUCGCCGCCGACCCGGACCCGAGGCCCCGUGCGCCCUCUGUCAGCCGGCCCCCCGCGUCUGCGACACAGCCCCGCGCGCCGAGUGCAGGCCACCGCCGCUCUGCCUCGCGCGACCACGCCCGCAGCGAGAGCACCAGCUCGCGCUUCGACGACCCGCAUCACGACACCCUGCCGCGCGCCCGCGAGCGCCGCGAGAAGGACAAGAAGACGAUGCUGUCCCGCGCGCUGCAAAAGGCCAACACGGCCGUCCUGCUCGACAACGCCCAGAACUUCGAGGGCGCCACCGAGGCCUACGAGGACGCCUGCAAGCUGCUGCAGCAGGUCAUGAUCCGCAGCUCGCAGGACGACGACAGACGGAAACUGGAUGCCAUUCGCGUGACCUACACCAACCGCAUCGAGGAGCUGCGUCGACUAGACCCUGGCUACACAAACAACUUUGGGAAAUCACUCCCCGCACGGCCCAUGAGCGGUGAGUCUCUCGACGAGCAGCGGUCCAUGCUGCUCGUGAGCGACGACGACGACGACGACGACAGCCCUGCCGUGAUCCAGACAGCGACCAUGACACGGAUCGUAAACGACCGCUCUACAGAAAACCUGCCUCUGAAAGACCCAGAGCCACCCCCGGCUCCCUCGUACCAACUGCCCCUCCGGAAACCGGAGUUUGCAGGUCAGCGCGAGUCCAUGAUCAGCACCGCUAUCCGUGAUGUCCAGAGGAGCAUGCAGACCUCGCAGUUCCACCUCCAGCCGCCGCCUGGGCGGUUGGCAGGAUCCAGUCUACCGCUCGAAUCGCCCAUGGACCGGUCGUACAUGCCUCCACCUCUGUCACCCAACCGGUCCAGGUCACCCUUGUUCAGCGCCACGUUUCCGAACGAGCCAUGCAACUCGGCACAAUUACUCCAGCCACAGCCCGCAAAGCCCAACCAUCAGCGCGUCCAUAGUAAUGAGUCGACGUCGUGGCUGGACACCAUUGACGAGUCUGGGGGAUCUUCGUGUUCGUCAUCCGUGCACUCGCUCUCUCCUCGAUCGGGGGUUCGCCGGACGCACAUCAGGAACACAAGCGGGGCGACGGAAGCCGAGUUCGAUGCUGCCCUCGAUGCCGCAGUCGAAGCUGCUUACGAUGACGGCUUCGAGCCUUUUGACGAUGAAGACAAAGCCCCGGACGACGUCAUAUCGACAAGACUGAGGAACGUUCAGCUGGCCAAGGAGAACGUACGGCAGGCCGAGCGCGAAGAGGCUAUUGCGGCGGCAAAGUACCGCUUCAAGGAGACACAACUGCAGAGCGAGACGCUGCCCCACGUCCGAGAGAGCGCUGAGCUAACGCUCAAUGACGAGGCUGAAGAGGAGGAACGUCUUCUAGACGAGAUGACGCGAGAGUACAUGCUCGACGGGUUUGACUUUGAUCUGCAAACCAAGUCCUCGUUACCGCGGCAAUCAGACUCGAGCGAGUUCUCGGCUUAUAACAGCUCAGUGUCCUCUCACAGGACCACCGGAGGAACCUCCCUCUCAACAGUUGCAGAAGUUAUGCAGCCGCUUGCAUCUAGAUUACAACCCCUGCAUCCGCCACCUGCAAUGCCUGCACCUUCUGGAGCACUACCAGCUCUCCCUCCCCCGCCUCCUCCAGGUGCCCUGCCUUCGGUCCCAGAACUCCAACCUGCACAACCCAUCGACCCUGAAGCCACGCCACGGCCCAUUGCCGCAACCAAGGAGGCUGCUUCGGUGAGGAGUCGGAGAUUAUCAGGACAGAACGCUAAAACGCUGAAGAUUGAAACAUCCCUGCCGACGGUAGCGGCGCCACCGCACACGGAGAAGCCUCCGGUACCCGCGAAGAACUCACCCCUCGACGCCGUGCAGCUGCCCAAGUCUGCAGCAGCAGCACUGUUCAGCAGCACGCAAUCCAACCUAGAUGCGAGUUUCAAAGCACCGGCUCUGCCACAGGUGCCUCAACAGACGGGACUCGCUGCCCCAUCACCACUACCUGCGCUUCCCAGUCCAGCUGAGACGACGGCAGCAAUUUCACCUGCUACGCCAGCUCUGAACCAUGGCACAUUGAACGAAUCGGGGCUCGCACCGGGGUCUCCAAAGUCCAAGCCGUCAGCGCUUGGCAUUAGGAAGAACAAGUCCUCGUUGAGCUUGAAGCAGAGAACGCUCUCCAUAUCAAGCCCAGACGGCUCGGAUGGGUCUAUAGGCACACCGCUCAGCACAACGUUUUCGCUCAGCGGGCGCAAAGCGAGUGUCGCAAACAUAGCGGCGCUGCCAACGCCAAGUCUCCCGACAUUCAGCAUCGAUGGACUGCCGAGCGUUGGGAUGCACCUGUUCGAGAGCGAUAUCCACUCGCCGUUCUCGCCAGGGUCGCCGAGUGCAGCCGUGGCAAACGCGCCGAUACCGCUGGAGCCAUGUCCAGACACGUACCUCUUGCGGCCGUUUUGGCUGAUGCGGUGCUUCUACCAGACAAUUGUGCAUCCUCGUGGAGGAUACCUGUCGACGAAGCUCUUCAUCCCGCGCGACGUGUGGCGGGUCAAGGGGGUCAAGAUCAAGAACAUUGAGGACAAGAUUGCCAACUGUGAUUUGCUGAGUGCGGCGCUACAGAAGAUGGCGUCCAUGGACACGCUCGACGCGGACGUUGUGUUGGAAGAGAUGCAAGCGCUCGAAGUGGUGCUCGACCAGGUACAGGCUCAGCUGGGCAAGAAGCUGGGGAACGAGGUGGGGGUGCAGAGCGUAUCUGCACUCUUCAAAGACGCGACUUCUGUCGGCGAAGGCGGGGGCGGAGAGAGCGGCGGUAUGAGAAGCAUGCACAGCUCGCAGGACAACAGCACGAGCCGGGCGGUAGCGCAGGGGAAGAGCUAUCUCACGUCUUGGCGGAAGCUGAGGAGCAAGAACUCGGGCGUCAACCUGGCGAGCUUGGCGGGGCUGAAGAUGAGCAACGGAGAUGUGCCCAAGGACUCGCUGAACAUGGCGACGGUGCCGAUGACCAGCCUGCCGUCCAUCCGGUUCGCGAAGAGAGACACUUUGGGGUUGACGUUUGAGGGACCCAACUCGGGGUACAUGAGCAGCCUGGCGCGGCUGUUUGAUUCGGCGCAGAUUUUGGACCAAAUCGCGCGGCAGGUGGAAGACCCCGGGCUCAAGCACUCGUCGCAGACACACGUGGGGCUGGAGCUGUCGUCGCGGCACGCAGCCGAGUUCUUCGGAUUCUACAUCUGCCGGUUCGUGCUGGCGGAUGUCACGAUGAUGCUGGAUAAGUUUAUCAAGAGGGGGAGCGAGUGGGUGCUGGUGUAA